UUUGGUACCGAAGUUUUUGUGUAUUCGUUGCAGAUGUCAAUAAAACAACUGGAAAAUUUUGGCUCUUCCAGAUGGCAGCCAUGUUUAUACAGCCUCGUCCUCAGUAUGCCUACCGGCAAAAUUUUCAUCAUGGCGGACAAAGAUAAAACACCGGCGAAAAAAGAGGAAGGAAAAGACAAAAAAACAGACGAAGGAGUCGAUUUAUCCGAAGAAGACAAACAACUUCAAGAUGAAUUGAACCUGUUGGUAGAGAGGCUGACAGAGCCUGAUGAGAAACUCUACAAACCAUCGUUGGAGAGUCUUCGGACCCUGAUUCGUGCAUCGACAACAUCUAUGACGUCUGUCCCUAAACCACUUAAGUUUUUAAGGCCACAUUAUGAAACGAUGAAGGAGAUUUAUGAGAAGAUACAAGAAGACGAGACCAAGCGUUUCUGUGCAGACAUUGUGUCUGUACUUGGUAUGACAAUGAGUGAUAGCCGUGACAGCUUGAAAUAUCGUCUGCUCGGUUCCAAGGAAGAAAUAGGGUCAUGGGGCCACGAGUAUGUCCGACAUUUGGCUGGUCAGGUUGCAGCCGAGUGGCAGGACGUGGAGGAAAAGGAUACAGACGGGCGGGAGGUUCUUCUGAAGUUGGUGAAGCAGGUUGUGCCAUAUCAUAUGGACCAUAACGCUGAGGCUGAAGCGUGUGAUCUGUUGAUGGAGAUCGAGAGGCUAGAUCUACUGCAUGAAUAUGUGGAUGAAGGCGCUCAUGCCCGAGUGUGUCUGUAUCUGACCAGCUGCGUUCCAUAUGUGCCAGACCCAGAGAACGUCAACCUGGCGAAAACAGCUCUCUCCCUAUUUAAAAAGUUUGAUAAAUAUCCGCAAGCGUUGAGGUUAGCUAUGUCUCUACAGGAUGAUGACCUUAUCUCAGAGAUCUUUUAUUCUUGCAAAGACGGCUUGAUCCAGAAGCAGCUUGCAUUCAUGCUCGGCAGUCAACAGAUCUACUUGGAGCUGAAUGACGAACUCGAAGACUACGACGAUCUGGUCGAAAUCAUGUCAAAUGCCCACCUCAACAAUAACUUUUUGGCAUUAGCAAGGGAGUUGGACAUUAUGGAACCAAAGGUGCCAGAAGAUAUUUAUAAAAGUCAUUUGGAACCCAAUAGGUCAAGUCUAGGACCGACAAAUGUUGACUCAGCGAGACAGAACUUGGCUUCUUCAUUUGUGAAUGCGUUCGUCAAUGCUGCUUUUGGUCAGGACAAGUUACUGAUGGAAGAUGGAAACAAGUGGAUUUAUAAGAACAAGGAACACGGCAUGUUGAGCGCCGCUGCCUCCCUUGGAAUGCUCCUUCUCUGGGACGUCGAUGGCGGGCUGACGCAAAUCGACAAGUAUCUAUAUUCAUCUGACGACUACAUUAAAUCUGGUGCCCUACUAGCUUGUGGUGUUGUGAACUCGGGCGUGAAGAACGAGUGCGAUCCAGCCUUGGCUCUAUUAUCCGAUUACGUUCUUCAUAGCAGUAAUGUCAUGAGAUUAGGAGCUGUAGUCGGUCUUGGUCUAGCCUAUGCCGGUUCAAACAGAGACGAUGUCCUAAGCCUCCUACUCCCAGUUCUCGCUGAUUCUAAAUCCAAUAUGGAGGUGAUUGGUAUGGCGGCCCUGUCGUGUGGAAUGAUUUCCGUCGGUACAUGUAAUGGCGAAGUCACGUCGACGUUGUUGCAGACGCUGAUGGAGAGGUCUGAGGCGGAGCUGAAAGAAACUUAUGCGAGAUUUAUCGCUCUGGGCCUAGCAUUAACUUAUUUAGCAAAACAAGAGGCUGCAGACACUGUGACGGCUGCUCUACAAGUUGUCCAAGAGCCCAUAAAGUCUAUGGCCACCAUGUUGGUAGACAUCUGUGCUUACGCUGGUACCGGGAAUGUGCUAAAAAUCCAACACCUUCUCCACAUUUGUUCUGAACAUUACGAGGAGGUAAAAGAUGACGACAAAAAGGACGACAAGGCCAAGAAAAAAGACGACAAAAACAAGGAAAAGGAGAAAAAAGAUGAGAAGGAGAAGGAGAAGGGAGAUAAACCAGAGAAGAAGGAGGCCACAGGCUUAGCUGCACAUCAAGGUAUUGCUGUUUUGGGUAUCUCACUGAUAGCCAUGGGAGAGGAGAUUGGAGGAGAGAUGGCAUUUAGAGCAUUUGGACACCUGUUGAGGUAUGGUGAGCCAGUCAUCAAACGUGCGGUGCCGCUUGCACUGGGUCUGCUGUCCACCUCCAACCCCAAGCUACAGAUCCUCGACACCCUCAGCAAGUUCUCCCACGACAGUGAUCCAGAAGUGGCUCACAAUUCUAUCUUUUCUAUGGGUAUCGUCGGGGCAGGAACAAACAAUGCCAGAUUAGCAGCCAUGCUAAGACAGUUGGCUGUCUACCAUUCCAAGGAUCCUAACAACCUGUUCAUGGUCCGUCUGGCACAAGGUCUGACCCAUCUCGGGAAGGGAACGCUGACACUCAGCCCUUACCAUAGUGAUAGGACUCUGUUGCGUUCCGUGGCUGUUGGUGGGCUCAUGGCCGUGCUCGUUGGAUGUCUCGAUGUCAAAAAUAUAAUCCUUGGUAAAUCUCACUACAUGCUGUACCACCUCGUGUCAGCCAUGCAGCCAAGAAUGCUGGUCACCUUUGAUGAGGAGCUCAGACCACUGCCAGUCUCAGUCAGAGUUGGUCAGGCUGUGGAUGUUGUUGGCCAGGCUGGUAAACCCAAGACCAUCACAGGUUUCCAGACCCACACAACGCCAGUACUGCUUGCCUACGGAGAGAGAGGGGAACUCGCUACGGAGGAGUAUAUCCCACUCACACCAAUCAUGGAGGGAUUCGUUAUAUUGAAGAAAAACCCGGACUAUGAUUCUUAAUUAAUCUAUGACACUCAGUGACUUUUGACUGUAUCAUGUUUGGCCUUCCAGUGUCCAGAAUUUAUCUUAUGGUGACCCACAAAUGUGAGAGGAUUGCCAUGAGGCAAAGGGAAUAGUACUGCUGUGUUGUCAACCUUGUAUUCUUGGAGGCUAAAACUAGCAGUGAUGUUAAUUUUGAAUGGGAACAAAUCUAUGUAUUUUUCUUGUUUCUGGAAUGGAGUAUUAUUGAUUUCGUACAUCAUGGUAUUGAACUGUCCAGAACUCUUUGACUUAAAACUUUUCUCUGAACAAAAACAAAUUUUAUGGAUUUUUCCUCAGUAAAAAACACUCUUGGUAUAAAUAAACUAAGGGACAAAACCUUUCUUGAUUCCAGCAUCUCUCCUUAUGGUACGAUUAUACAAUUACGUCUCGUGUGCUACCACCUUAAUGUUGCUAUCACUUCGGAUUGCAUCCAUUGAUCCAAUUGAUGGCCACUAUUUUUCUUUGCAAAUGACCCAUUUAGUACCUCCUAAUUUGUUGAAGGGCAAACCUUUUUGUAAAUAACUUUGUGAGAAAUUAGAGAUGUGAAUGCUAUUGUAAUAAAUGAUCAUCUUCUCUU